UUAUCUGCUUUGGGCUUUUUUUUUUCUGCUGCACUGUACAAUUGAGAGAGAAGAACAUUUCCUCCCCUUCCUCCUGUCUCUUUAAGAGCUCGGAUCGCUGCUCUAACGUGUCCCCGUUUGUGUCUUGUUGUAGGAUCGGACGAUCGGUGACCCGGAGGAGCUGGGGAGGCCAAGGGGGAUCGAUCGGGACCGAGAAUGGAUGGGAUGUAAGGAGGAGGAGGAGGACAGAGAAUGGCACCGAGGAGGCUCGGCACUCAGCGCCUGUGAUUAGGAUCUGGGCUUUCUUCUCUGGAUUCCCUGCAUCUGCUGUCACACAAGAAGAGAAAGAGAUCUCCAUCAGUGGAGGGGUGUCCUCACACCAUGAGGGAUUGGUGACCCCCCACCAGGAGGAGGAUGAUACUACUGCAGCCUCUACACCAUCUGGGGCAGGCUCAUGGCACAUCCACCCUUCAUUAAAUGGCACCCAAAAGUUCCACUCACACCGGCUACUAAGUAGCAGGAUUGGAUCUGGACACAAAAAAAGAACUGUCACUUGUUAAAGGCUCUGUGGAUUACUGAGAAAGUGUCUGGAUUGGAUCUUUCUAUCCAGAUCUGUCCCACAAAACACCCCUUUCCCACAAGUCGUCGGCGUCUCCUGUUCCCGGUAUCGGUUGUGCUUAGUAAUUGGAUUUGUGGAUUCAAGGUCACUCAUUGGAAUUUUCCCUGUGGAUUUAUAAUUAGCGGAUUUUUCUUUUUUUUUCUUCUUUAUCGAGAGACGAUGGAUGUCAAAAUGAAACAACAAAGCAGGAGAUCCAGGUCUCAGAGGGACAGGGUGAGGAGAAGAGACCCAUCUGUCAGGGAUCCCCGAAACCAGAGCCCCUCCUCCGCCUCGGAAGCAGAAAGGGGCCUGGGAAAGGAGAAUUCAAAUCAGAAUGGUAAAAAUCCAGUCGCUUUAGCCAGAAACACCAGACCGCCUAGACGUAAAAGGCGAGAAUCCAGCUCGCAGGAGGAGGAUUUAAUUGAUGGCUUUGCAAUUGCCAGUUUCAAUACCUUGGAAGCCUUAGAGAAAGAUCUGGCGUUAAAACCACCAGAGCGGAAAGAGAAGUGGGAAAGGCAUCCUAGCAAGAAAUCCAGAGCAUCAGGGAAAUAUAUCUCUGCGGAGCCAAGUGAGAAUGGACACAAUCAUGAUGCAGGCAGCUCAGAAAGAGAAAUGGAGAGAGGAAAGGAGCGUGACAAGAAGAAAUACCCUCUCAAGGCAGUCAAUCAGGUAAAAGCAUCCAGGAACAGAAAUGGCAGGAAUAGUGAAGAAAGCAGCAUCAAGGAAGCCAUGAGUUCCCAGCGCAGCAGUUCCCAUGAUCGCCUCAGUGAUAGCUCAGCUCAAUCACUUUCAGGACACGGCUACUCAUGCGACAGCGAAAGUGAUAUCAACGAUAAGUGCUCCAAUGUUGGCUCUGAGAUCCUCUUUUCUCCAGCAGUCUCCACAGGUCUAGGUACACUUUUGAAUGAUAAGUCUGAGUCUCAGGCUCCCUGCCACCCUAAAGUAUCAGGACUAGAACGCAGCCAGGAACUGAACACAGAGGUUCUUUAUAUCCCACCCAUACAUAGUCCACCACCACCUCCUGCUGCUAUUGUCACGUCUGCCUCAUCUACACCGGCAUCGAGUACUCGGGCUAGCCCUCUAGUAAAGAAGGAACCUACUAUUGUUGCCCCAGCUCCGCCAAGACUUACACCUCAACCUCAACCACGUCCUCAGUCUCGGCCUUUGUCUCAGCCUCAGUUGUUGCCUAUUGAGUUACGGACUCAGAAUCAUAUCUCUUCACACCUUAACUACCCUGGGCAUCAGCAGCUUCCGCAAAACGGAAUUACCAGCAUCAGCCGGAGUAGCAGUGCUAGCAGUGCAGCUAGUAUCAGCAUACCCAAGCACCUACCGUCUUCCCCCCAGAUUCCACCACAUCACCCUGCUGGAUCGGGUCUGCCCCUCUCCAUCUCCAACCUUGCUACCUCACACUUUGCUCUCAGAUCUCAAACUCAGCAUCAUCCGGCCAUGUUUGCCACCCCUCCCUCACUACCACCUCCACCGUCUUUACCUACUAAUGGCCUUGUAAUCCCUGGGCACCCUGCUGGAGCUGGAUAUUCAGAUCAUGAACUUCUCAGACAGGAGCUGAAUAAUCGAUUUUUGGUUCAGACCUCGGACCGGGCCGGUGCCCAUCUCGGCUCAGUGCCAAUGCUGAGGGCAGAGUUUCACCAGCACCAACACACGCACCAACACACCCAUCAGCACACUUUUACUCCCUUCACAUCCAGCCUACCCCAGACGCAGCUUAUGCCGCCUAAUGCACCUACCAUGGUGCGUACCCCAGCUCGAAAUUUUGACAAGUACGCUCCCAAGUUAGACAGCUCUUAUUUUCGUCAUUCUAACUUCUUUCCAACGUAUACUUCUCCAAUGCCCGGAAUGCCCCCAAUGCUUCCUCAUUCAGGUCCAUUUAGUUCUCUUCAGGGAGCUUUUCAGCCGAAGACCUCAAAUGCCAUUGAUGUCACUAGCAGGCCUGGCGCAGUACAUCAUACCCUCCUACAGAAAACACCUGGGGUUAACGAUCCAUACAGGACACCAGUGAGAAAACCAGGCAAGUGGUGUGCAGUACAUGUCCAGAUAGCUUGGCAAAUCUACCACCAUCAGCAGAAGAUGAAGCAAAUGCAGAUGGAUCCUCACAAGCUGGAUAUUUGUGGCAAACUUGACCUGUUCAGCAGGCCGCCAGCACCAGGUGUCUUUCCAGGCAUCCCUUAUCCUCACGAUUUAGCCAGACCUCUAUUUUCUAGCACAGGUCCAACACAUCCGGGGGCAACACCCUUUGGACCUUCCCCACAUCACAGCAGUUUCCUGCCAACAAGCCAUUUGGCUGAUCCAUUUAGCAGGUCAAGCAGCUUCAGCGGCCUGGGGAACUUAGGCAGCAAUGCCUUUGGAGGAUUAGCCAGUCAUGCUCUAACACACAACAGCUUGUUCGCUCACAAAGAGAGCCCAACUCUUCAGACCUUUAGCAGCCCCCAUGAGCCCUGGAAUCGGCUCCAUCGGACUCCACCGUCUUUUCCAACUCCUCCUCAGUGGUCCAAAGUAGGGGAUUCCGAAAGAAGUUCCUCUGUAACUAACCAUGACAGAGACAAGGAAGACAAGAGGGAGUUGUCUCUGACAAAAGAUGAAAGAGAUAAAGAGAGGGACCUGUUGGAUAAGAGCCGACAUCAUUCUAACAGAUCCUCUCCAGCAUCAGCUCCUGUCAGCCACCAAAUAAGCAACCUCAUCCGCAGCAACAGCCAGACCCCUAGCGACUCUCUGAGACAAGGCAGCCUAGGGGACAGGUCCAAAGAGAUUGAACGGGAAAAUGCUGAUCGCUUGCGUGAUGUUCCAUCCACAGAGCACAAGAUCAAGGAAAGCCGUUCUCCAGUAAAAGAACCCACAGUUCAUGAUAAGAGGACGAUAGAGGAUGGCGGAAAGCCAGUCAUCCAGUCUGUAUCACCGUAUGGUAAACCAGUCCUAAGUGAAAGUUUAAAAUUGAGCAACCUGGUAGGCAAAGACAGUGAAAGGAAGCCUGAAUUGCCAACAGACCUCCAGAAGAUCAAGAGUGAUGUAAAAGUUAAGGAGGAACGCAAAGAGGAUUCGGAUGUGUUGGUAGUAGGCUCAGAGCCUCCACAUCCGGUCCGGACAGUGGAACAUCAGCCACUUCCACCUCAAUCUUCCUUGCAUGGGUUAUCUUUGCACCACACAAUGGCAGCCUCCAUGCAACUCCCAAUGGGUAGUGUCCACCAAAUGAACAACUUGAAUAUGCUGGACCGCAGUAGAGUAAUGACCCCACUUAUGGGAAUGGGCCAUCUUACAGGCAGAGAGAGGCUUCCACAUGCAAGUUUUGCAUGGGACCCAGUGAGAGACCCCUUGCGUGAUGCUUACCGCACACUGGACUUGCAGAGACGGAUGGAUUUUCACUUGCGUGCUGACGGUAUGCACAGGUACCCAGGGACAGCUGCUGCCACCUUCUACGAUCAUGAACGGUCUUACCGUGAUCGUGAGCCACAUGAUUACAGCCAUGAACAGCUCUUGGAAGCAAGAAGGGAACAGGAACGAUUGAGACAUGCAGAUGAACGUGAGCGAGAACGAUUACAUUUAAGGGAAGAGAUAGAAAGGGCACGAAUGCACCAUCUUCACUCCUCCCCACUAGAGAGCCAUUUGGCACACAUGCCCUCCUUCAUGCCACACUUGAGUGGUGUGCCCUAUCCUAGACUCAGCCCUUCAGGGGCCAUGCACAAUGGAAUUCUAAACCGGACCCCACCCACAGCUGCACUAAGUGCCCCCCCUCCUUUAGUGCCAGCCAGCAACACAAGGCCCGCCUCCCCCCGCAGGACUAAUCCCCUCACAAGUUCAGAAGCACGGGACUUUUCACCUUCCAGAAAUCCUAAAGAAGUUGAGGCCCGAUAGUCUUCUAAAAAAAAAAAAAAAAACAA